GAGCAGCCGCUGGCCCCAGGGUGGAAGAUGCAGGGCCGAAGCCCCCAGCCGAGCAUGGAGCUGAACAGACUGCUCCUCCUCACAUCCUUCCUCCUGCACGUGAAAGAGGACCGUGCCAGCCCAACACGGCUGGUCUGUGACAACAGACUCAUCCAGAAAUAUAUCGUGGAGGCCAAGGACAUGGAAAAGGGAGUGGGCCAGUGCCAGGCCCUGCCUCCACUCAGCUGCCCUGCAGUGCUGCCCUUGGUGGACUUCACUUUCCAGCAGUGGAAAUCCAAAUCGAACGAGACCAAGCGGCGGGAGAUCCUGUGUGACCUGGCCCUGCUGGUGGGUGCUGCAGCAGCGGCCCAGGGCCAGGUGAGCAACGAGUGUGGGGCCAGGCAGCUCAGCCAGCUUUACCGACAUGCCAACUCCUUCUUCCUGCUCCUGCAGACCUUCAGCUGGGAGGUGAGAGCUCCCCACAUGAACCAGACCACCCUGGCACAGGUGCCAGCUGGGCUGGGUUGGGAGCAAUGGUGUUUGUCACCCCUCUGUCCCACUCUCGCCCCUCAGGCAGGACACUGGGAGCCGAGCUGCUCCCCACACUCCAUGGAGCAGACCCACAUCACCAGCAUUUUCCUCACCUACCGGCAGCUGGUACAGGGCAAGUUGAGCUUCUUCUUCUACGACCUGGCCAAGAUCUUGUGCAAGCAAGGACAGGGGGACAGCAGAGACCCUCCAUGCGGGGCCCGGUGAGGCUGCAUGCCGGGCUCAAAGCGACGCUGGAGCAAUCCUGCAGGACACUAAGCUGUGCUCUGGGUGCCCAGGAAGAUACCCACGGGGAAAAGGUUGGCCCCAGCUCCUCAAGUCUUCAUCAACCAUGCAGUGCAUGGAGGCAAACAGUGACACUGAUGUGCCAGCAGGCACAGGCCCUGCUCCCAUCUGGGCAGGCAUCUCUACUGUGAA